AUGGAGAUGGCCGAGCUGUGCGAGCGUACAGGGCGUGACUGGUACGGGUACUGCCGUGAGACGUGCUGCAAGGACCUCCUCAAGGCGUCACAGCACAGCGUGCAAGUGGAGGUGAGUCGAACAAAGAGUUCGACACGCCGAGGAUUGAACCCGGAAUCCACUGAGUGCUACAACCCCGUCUAG